AUGUUACAAAAGUCCAUUCACAAUAAUAAAUCAAAAAAUAAAAGACUCAAACAUUUCAAUGAAAAGGAAACUCACAAAGAAAAAAUAAAUUCAAGCGAAGACGAAACAAGAAUGAAUCUUACAACCCACAAAGGGAGGACAGGAGAAGACCCAUUCUGGGGUACAUCCAACCCUAACUCAAAAAACCAAUUAUCCAACAUUUCCAAAAACUCUAACAAUCAAUUAAUAUCCAAGAUCUAUCAAGAUAAUCAAGAAAAUCAAACAGAUACAAACAAAAAUUCUGAAGAUACUAACAUAGAUAAUACAAUAUCAUCAGAAAUUACUGAUGAUUUAAUGUCAGAUAAUGAAACAAUUGAAGACAAUACCUCUAGCAUGGACACAAAUCAAGAAGAAACAGAUCAAAAUUUAGUAAUAAUUCAACUGGAUCUUUUCAACAAAUUAAUUGGAAAUGGAGAAGGUUUUAUUGAACUAAUAAGAAUAGUAACAAAAGGUCAGAUCCCCCCUGCUACACUAUACAUGUUAGAAUGUAAUGAUACAUAUUUUUUCAAAUCAUUCACAAAUUACAAAAAUGGAAUUAAACCUGAACACCAAAAAGAAUUCGAAAAAAUCUUUUUCAACUCAACAAAUGUCUACAAAAAUACCCAUGAACGAACCAAACUAACUAAGAAAGAAAAAGAUAAUGUUUUUAAAAUGAUCAAAAUCAAAUUAGGUUGGGCUUAUUUCAAUCAAAUUGAAUGGAAAAACAUCAACCAUUCAGAUAUCAUCAGAAAACUACAAUAUAUUGCUGGCUUUGUAGGUAAAAAACAAAAUUUUGAAUACAACAAAAUAAAUCUUGCCCUAAGAGAAAUCCUGAAAGAAGAAUUACCAGAUCUACCAUCACAUCCAAACUUAAUAGAUAAAUCAAUCAAAGUCAAAAUUCCAUACGAACUACCACUAAUAUACCACCAUUUAGCAAACCAAACAAAAAGAGCUUUAAGCAACUAUAUCAACAUCAAAACCAACAAACUUCCUGAUUCAUACAUAAAGGUAUUACCAAUACUGCCAAAUGAUCCUGGAGAAUUAUCAGUAGAAUGGAAAAAGAUUUUUCCAAUCAAAAAAUAUUCCAUGUUAAAGGAAUUAAGGAAUGUAAGAGAAAAAUUAAGGGUAGAAUAUUUUUUCUCAGGCAAAUUACCAGACACAUAUUUUAAUUUUCCAAAACCAAGAGAACUUCUACCAUUUUCUCCAAAAGGUCUACCAAAUUACUUAGCACAAUACUUACCUUUCAACUCAAAUAGAACAGAAAAAACUCUUUGUGAGAUAGUACAAGAAUUAAGGGAAUAUUAUAUAUUCAAAAAAUUACCAAACAAUUAUUUUACUCCUAAACCAAGACCACCUAAUUCACCAGAUAACACAAUUUUCAAUUAUAUAUUCCCAAUCACUGAACAAAAUACUGCCAAUGAAUUCAUUAAAGAAGCAAGAAGAAAAUAUGAGAUCAUAUUCCCUAUUAAUAAAAAAUGGAUAAAUGUUCCAAAAACAACCACUAAAAAUAAACCUUUUCUUCCUAAAAACAUCAAUGAACUGGAUGCACAAUUCAUUGUAGAUGAAGAAAUAAUUCUGCCUAUUACAAACAAAACUAAUAUAAGAAAUAUAGUAAUAAAACUAGGUAAAAAAUAUUUCUUCGAAAGAAUUCCUGAUGAGUGGAUAUCAAUAGAAAAAACAAAUGAUAAUAUUGAUACACCUGCUUUAGAAAUAUCAAACAUAGAAAGAAAACAACUACCUGAUCUAACAACAACAACACAAGAACUUGACAAAUACAAUAUAAAAAUUACAAUACCCAUCAUAGAUGACAAAAAAAUCCACCAAACAACUCAAACCCUCAAAAAAAUUUACAUUUUCAAAUAUCUCCCAGAUACAUUUAUUAAUCUUCCACCAAUCCCAAAUCCAGGUUGGGACUCAAUUAUAUUUUAA